AGCACAUGAUAAACCGGCAAAAGCAAAAUUCAGCAUCUGCUGUUUUUUUACCAACUUCUGCCAGCCCAGGAUUUGGCUGCUGACACUGACACUGAUUCCUCUCUCUCUCGUCACCGAAAUCUGUUCUCUGUCACGAGCCCGAGUCUUUUGUUAUUGUCUUAGAAGCUGGUAAGUAUCGAGGGUCGUUUGAGCAGAGAUGGGUUCCUUCUUCUCGUCCUUUCCCAUGUAACAUCUGACACAAACAUGUAAAUGAGGUCCUUGAAAGAUGGUCUGGCCUACCAGGCGAGGGCAGUUAAGUCCGGCUUCGUCCCCAGCACUUUCCUGUUCAACCAGCUCAUCCGCCUCAACUCCCAGAAUGGCCUCUUUGCGAGAAGCCCACAAGCUGUUCGACGAAAUGCCCCACCGGAACGUGUACUCCUCGAACGCCCUGAUUUCGGCUUACGUAAAAGCUCGGGACUUGACCUGAGCCAGGGCGUUGUUCGACUCCGCCACUGACAGGGACUUGGUAACUUAUAAUUCGAUGCUGACCGGUUACGUGACCGUCGAAGGACAUGAAAGCGAUGCGCUCGAAUGGUUUGACGAGAUGCAGUUGAUGCGUGAUCGUCUUAAGUUCGACGAGUUUACUUUGAAGGCGAUGCUAAACUUGGUGGCAAAGUUACGUGUGCAGUGUUAUGGGACACAGUUGCAUGCUUAUAUUGUGAGGACAGGGAAUGAUACGGAUAAGUAUGUCAUGAGCUCCUUAAUUGACAUGUACUCUAAAUGUGGGAGUUUCGGAGAAGCAUACAGAGUGUUCUGUGAAUCAAAAGCGGAGGUCGAUUUGGUUUCCAAGAAUACGAUGAUGGCAGCUUGUUGUAGGGAAGGUAAAAUGGAAGUGGCUUUAGAUCUGUUCCAGAGAUUGCCCGAGUUAAAUGAUACAGUGUCUUGGAAUAUUUUGAUUUCUGGCUAUGCACAGAACAGUUUUGAGGAGGAGUCCUUGAAUUUCUUUAUGAAAAUGAGGGACAGUGGAUUUGGGUGGAAUGAGCACACAUUCGCUAGUGUUCUGAAUGCUUGCUCCAGCAUGCGGAAUUCAAAGCUUGGAAAGGAGAUACAUGCUUGGGUUUUGAGAGAAGGAGUGAUAUCAAAUCUCUUUGUUAAGAGUGCUCUAGUGGAUGUUUACUGCAAGUGUGGAAAUAUUAAAUAUGCGGACUUAGUUUAUGCGACAAUUGAGUGCGAGAACUCCUUUUCGACAACUUCUAUGAUCGUGGGUCAUUCAUCUCAAGGUGCCUGUGCAUUGCAGGCGGCCCUGGAUCCUGGAAAACAAAUUCAUGCUCACUCACUAAGAAAAGGGAUGGAAAUGGAGGAGAAGCUGAUUAGUGCCACAAUCGACAUGUAUUUUAAGUCUGGCAGUACUGAAUAUGCAGGAAAGAUAUUUCAAAAACUCACGGGAAGAGACUUGAUUCUCUACAAUAUCAUGAUUUCCGGUUAUGCAAAUCAUGGGCACGAAGAUCAAGCUAUGGAGCUGUAUAAAGAGAUGUUGGAGAGAGGUUUGAAACCUGAUGAGGUCACCUUUAUUGCGCUUCUAUCUGCUUGCCGUCAUAGUGGGUUAGUGGAAAUGGGGGAAAAGUAUUUCAAGUCCAUGGUAGAAGAUUACAAAAUAGUGCCUGAAAUGGAUCACUAUGCCUGUAUGAUUGAUCUGUAUGGAAGGGCAAAUCGACUAGAAAAGGCGAUGGGUCUCAUGAAGAAAAUUCCCAGGAAUUCGGAUCCUGUGAUUUUGGGGGCUUUUUUGAAUGCCUGCAAGAUAAAUAGGAACCUCAGUCUCGCAAGAGAAGCGGCAGAGCAGCUAUUGGUUAUUGAGGAAGAUAAUGGAUCUCGGUAUGUGCAGCUGGCAAAUGUAUUUGCAGCUGAGGAAAAUUGGGCAGAGAUGCGCAAGAUAAGAGAGAAAAUGAGAGGGAAGGAAACCAAGAAGCUUGCUGGCUGCAGUUGGGUGUAUCUUGAGAAUGGAAUUCAUGCUUUUACCUCUGGUGACACGUCGCAUUCAAAAGCAGAGGCUAUCUAUUCGAUCUUGGAGUUCCUAUCUGCAGAUUUACGUGUGCUACCCAAUUCAAGUGUUGGAAAGAUUACAACUUUAACAUUGACAUAAGGGGACAGAUGAAUUCAAAUGCUUGGUACAGGAAGGUCUGUGGCUGCUUUCAAGAGCAUAUAUAUAUUUAAAAGAGGAUGAGGUACGGAAACUUGGACUAGAUUCAAUUUGAAUUAGACUUUGCCCCUCCCUGUCAUGACGCGAUUGAUAUUUCUCUUUGCUAGAUAAUAGGUGUUCAUUAUUCUGAUUAAUACACAGCAACGAAUUCAACUGUAGAAUGGUGGGGGCUGUUGCCCUCAUCUAAAUACUAUAAAAACUAGCUGGUAGCCCACACAUUG